UAUUGAUAUAUCUUGUUGAGUCCAGCAGCAUGUUAUUCAUCAUUGCACACUUGAAUAAUCUGUAUGUUAUUCAUUUAGCCAUGAAUGGAAUGAAGACGAGAAAACAGGAGAGAGAGGUAGAAGAUGCUGGAGGCAUUGUUAACAAUGAGAAUGGAAUCCCGCGAUUUAAGACUUUGCAACUGGCUAGCAGCUUAUGCGAUCUAUCAACUUGAGCAUUUUACAGAUGAAACUGCAUGAUUUGAGUGGAUCUACCGCAUCAGAGCCGGGAUGACAAGAUGCAAGAAAGAGACUACAGAGACUACAUUUGCAGCUAGCCAGGCACUGUCAUGAUAGACCAGUCAAAAUCAAGUAGCCGAAGCAGGCCCAAGAAAGAAGAGGAGGUGGAGAAAGAGAAAGAAAGAGAGCCCAACAUGACAGACCCAGCCCAACCAGAGAAGAGGAAGAGAAAAGGGAAAAAAGAGGAAGGGAAGGCCCAAACAUUCUAGCAGUUGAGCCAGCCCAAUUGAGCAAGUUGUUGGGCCAAAUGGCCAAGAUUUCGUCAAUGGUUUGAGGAAACCACAACAAAACAUUUGAGCUUCGAGCAAGCUUAUGUUUUUGGCGAUGUGCAGUCCAGCAAAGCAAACUGGCCUCUAAAGAAGGAGAAUGAUAAGGUAUGACAACAGUUAUGACGUAGUCGAACUAGUUUUCCUACAGCCGAACUUCAUAUCAUCCCCUAUCGGUCGUUUUUCGGGCAUCAUCGCUCGGUUUCGUGGAGAUGGCUUUCUUUCUUCAAAAAUAAAUAUUUGUCUCUCUCUCACUCUCCGUCUCAUACUCUAUUUCAUCAGAUACCACGCAAUUCAAUGGAAGCUCCAUCUGAACUUGUUGGGGGUACAGUGCAAUCCUUGUACAUAUCUAUGAUAAAUAAGGCUUUAGGUCAAGUUGUCCAACCAUCAACUGCUCAAACUAAGAAAGCAAAGAGACGAUGGAUAAAGUGCACUCAAAGACAGUUCAAAAAGCUGAAAGCAGAUUAUGCUGAGUCUGUGAAAGGCGAAGCCUCCUCCAAAGAAAUACUGGAUCGCUUGAAAAACAACUUGGAGCAAGCUAGAGAAGCUAAAAGGUUACAAGAGCAAAUAGUUGAACAACAAAAUCUUAUGAUCAACGCGCUUCUACAACUUCUUCCAUUUGAAAUGACUGAAUUGGGCACUGGAGCAACAGGGCUACCUAUUCAUCAUCCACCAGAAGGCCCCGCCAUUGAAGAGUCAUUGGGGCUGCUUCAAUCACAUCUCCCUCAAGGAUUGGCACAUUCAGGAGACUUGGCCAUUAUGGAGUCAUUGGGGCUGCUUCAAUCACAUGUCUCCCAAGGAUUGGAACAUGGGAACGAUGUUGAGCAGCCUGCCUUAACCUAUGAUGGUGAUCUGCCCGUUAGUCUUGAUCACUUGAACAACCCUGAUCCGUCGAGAACAGCAAUGGCGUCCGGUAGCUCGCCAAUGCAAGGUUCACUUGCUCCUCAGAGGCAGGGGAACAAUAAUGAGCAGCCCGUCACAGCUAAUGAUGACCAGUUCCCUGAUAACACUCAUCAAACUUAAGAUGAAUAAACGGCGGCUUAUUAGCAGGCAAUAACAUUGGCGUUUAAGUUAUGAGUGCCGUAAUGUACUAAAAUUACUGUUUUUAUUUUUCAGAAUCAUCCAUGUGUGUUUUAUGAAGGCAUUGGUGGCGGUUGGUUGCGUAAUUUCUUUUUCUGUUU